AUGCCCAACCUGCUGCCGCCGCCGCGCGCCGCCCAGCGGCUCCUCGCCCCGACCGUCCCGCACCUCGCCCGCCUCCUCCUCACGCACGCGCCGGCGAUCCCGCCGCUCCUCACCGCCAUCCUGCCCUCCUCGCCUUCCCUCCUCACGCCGCUCCUCUCCCACCUCCUGCUCUCCCACUCCCCGCCCCUCCCGGCGCUCUCCCUGUUCCGCCGCUUGCUCGAGCUCCCCCACUUCCCAGUCCCGGAGAGCUCCCUCCCCGUCCUCCUCCGCCUGCUCGCGCGCUCCCGCCGCUACGCGCACCACUCCUUCCAGCUGCUCGAGUCGCUCCCGUCCACCCACCCCCACCUCCUCUCCGUGCCCGCCCUCUCCGUCGUCCUCUCCACCGCGCUCUGCGCCUCCGCCCCCGGCGCGUCCUUCGCGGCCGCCGUCAGCCGCUUCGAGUCCGCCGCUGCCGUCUGGGCGCGCGCGGGGCGCUCGUUCGGCGCCGCCGAGCUGAACGCGCUGCUCCGCGUCUUCUGCGCCCGCGGACGCGUCGCCGAGGCGCGCGCGCUGUUCCACCGGUACUGCGACGCGUACCCGCCCGACACCCGCACCUUCAACACGCUGCUGCUCGGGUUCAAGGAGGCCGGCCACGCGCAGGCGCUCGACCUCUUCUACCAUGACGCCGUGCUGCGCGGCUUCGUCCCGGACGCCGUGUCCUACUGCGUGAGGAUGGACGCCUACUGCAAGAAAGGCAGGUUUCUGGAUGCCCUCCAGCUGCUCGACGAAAUGCGCAAGAGGGAGAACUGCAAGCCGACGCUGCAGGUUUUCACCACGCUGAUAUACGGGGCCGGGAUCGUGAGGGACGCGGCCCGUGCACGCCUCCUGUUCGACGAAAUGGAGCAGUGCGGCGUGACUCCGGACCGUGGAGCUCACAAUGCGCUCAUGGGGGCCUAUGUGAGGGCAAGGGAUUUGCAGUCCGGGAUGGCGCUCAUGAGCGAGAUGGAGCAGAAAGGUUUUGGUCUGGACGAUGUCACCUACAACACGAUGCUGUGUGGGUUCCAGAGGGCUGGUGAUUUGGAGGGGAUCUGGAAGAUAUACAGCAAGAUGAUUGGCUCAGGGUUCAUGCCAAGAACCAGGACGACAAUGCUGCUCAUGAAGGUCUUUUGCGAGAAUGGGCGACCGGAUCUUGGCCUGGAGUUGUGGGAUUAUCUGAUCGGGAAAGGAUGUGUACCACAUAGGCAUGCGUUGGAUGUUCUGGUUACUGGUUUAUGCUGCAGAGAUGUGGUUGGUGAAGCAUAUAGGUGCUUCCGGGAGCUGGUUGAGAUGGGAAUGGCACCUACGGAGCGUGCAUUCAGGGUUUUGGAAGGGUUCUUGAAGAAGAAGCGGGAGUUUGGGAAGAUUGACGAGAUUAGGCAAAUGAUGAAGGCAACCCAGUUGGAGGAGCAUCAAGCUGAAGAAGAAGCUGCGUGA